GGUUGACCAGUAUCGGCUAGUUUCAGUGGUCAUUUGCCUCUUAUCAUUAUGUCACUCGAAGCAGCACAUGUUACAUGAUCUUUUGAAGCUUCAAUUUCAUCGGGAACGACCCAGAGUAGGUGAAUUAUUAGAAGUUCGCAGGGACCUGGCACUUGGACGGCAGAUGUUCAAUUCGUUUCUAUCUGGAUAGGCCGUCGCGCUUUUCACAUUGCCGAGAAUGUCACUGUUUAUAUUAUCCCUAUGGCUUCUGCUAUUGCGUUCCCAUUAUGCCCAAGGCAUGCGCAAUGUUACUUUUUCGGCCGAUGAGAUUGAUCGUGGGGUUGCGUUAAAGAGUCUUGCGUCUCAGGCGUCCCAGAAUUUGAAGAACGAGGCCCAUACCGCUUCUUGUGGAAAGGAAAAUAUUCAGCAGCGGCAAGAAUGGUCUUCCCCGCUGUGGAAACUCGGUAUAACAAGUAUAUGGUAGUACAUAUCCAGAUGUUGGACCAUAUACAUUUUUCUAUAAGC